CGUGGUGAGCUUGGAAAGCGUGUCGCUGUGUUCUUCUCAGCGCUUGCUUUUGCGGGCGGAUUCUCUGGGCUGAUCGCAUACGGGGUGUUUCAGCCGGAUAUCCGUCUUCAAGGUUGGCAGCUACUCUUCCUCGUCGAAGGCGCUGCAACUGUCUUCUUCUCGAUCUUGGCAAUAUUCAUCCUGCCCGUAAAUAUCGACUCGGCGCCCUUUUUCUCGUCAGAAGAAAAGCAUGUCGCAUGGACACGUAUUCUCCGUGACUCGUCUGCAGUCAUGAACGAAAAGCUCACCUCUCAAGCUUUCUUCGCUCCCCUCAAAGACUGGAAGCUCUAUGUUUGGGCGUUAAUCGCCAUCUGUUAUGGAGUAGCUUCUUCGUCGACUGGGACUUUCCUCCCUCAGAUUAUUGGACGAAUGGGAAAGAGCAACUUGACGACGAAUCUGCUCACGGUCGCACCCAACUUUGUCGGUGGUUUUGCUGUGCUACUCACAGCAGCCUCGUCAGAUUAUUUCCGAGAGCGGUCGUUGCAUAUUGCUGGUACGAUGACUGUAACGAUGAUCGGCUUCAUCGUUCUUGAUACCGUUGACGUAUCGAAGACUGGUAUUCAGUACUUCGGUUCCUUCCUAUUGUGUCUUGGGGCAUUCACGCCUUCGACCGUUUUCCAUGUGUGGCAUAAUUGCAACGAUGCAUCAGAAGUCGGACGUGGCUUCCGUACGGCGCUUAUGACAUUCUUUGCAAACUCUUCUGGUCUUAUUGCUUCCAACAUCUUCAUGGAGAAAGAACAGCCCUACUACAAUACCGCCCUCGUAGUCAACUUUAGCUUCCUCGCUGUGGGAAUAAGCCUCGUUCUCAGCUUGCGUACGUAUAUGAUGCUUGACAAUAGGCGGAGGAACAGGGCUCAGGGCGUGAACUGGUCGAGCAAAGACGUGCCGACGGCGGCGCUCGCUGUCGGUGUGGCGAGCCCAGAGUUCAGGCAUUUCCUUUAA